AUGGCUGCCACCGUUCCAUCUGGAAAACGAGAAUUCAUAAGAAGCCCAAACCCGGUGUUGACUUUGAUCAUAAUUCGAUCAAACUCGUCACGACGCAAGUCAAGUCAUCUUACCAUCUGGCGUCACUCACUAACGAACAAUCCAUGUAGACAUGCUGGUCACUCGAACAAAGCUGUCGUUCCAUCGAAGAUCAGCUACCUGAGCCCCCGAAGCGAGAACGACGCUGCUGAAACGACACGUACCAAAAUCCAAAUCGGGUCCCGCAUCCAACCAGGGGAUGAAAAUUGCCUGUACUACCUGAAACUUCUGCUCGCCAAAGACGCUCUCGCCGAAGAAGCACCAACCAAGAAUGGGAAUGGAAUGGAGGUGGAUAAAGAAUCAACAGGACUCUCUCAACUCUUGCAAGGGCAGGCUGAAUUAUUCUCACGUCUCGAAGCCACAUUACAACAAGCUGGGGUGACUGUCACAAACGCCAUCGGGCAUUUUUUUCACGAGCUUAGAGAGGGCCUUCUUGAGCAGCUGAAACAAACAUAUGGCCUACAACCCUCAGAAGCACAGUUCGAAUUUGUUUUCACUGUCCCGGCCACAUGGCCAGAUACAGCUGUCGAUCGGACGCUUGAAGCCGCUAAACAAGCACGCUUGGAGCCAGUACUACGAACAAUCUCUGAACCAGAAGCUGCCGUCCACUGCAUCGCCGACGAAAAAUGUUCCAAAGGUCUGCUUACAUCCCAACAGGUCUGCAUAACUAUUGAUGCCGGUGGAGGCACCAUCGAUGUGAUCUCCUACACCGUCAAAAUGAUCGGAGACGAACUCGAGAUGCGGGAAGCAGCUAUGGGCCAAAGUCAGUAUGGUGGCGGUGCUUCCGUCGAUGCGAGUUUGCUUGAUCUUGUCAAGCAGAAGCUGGAAAAUCACACAGAAAUUUUAUCGGACGUGCAUAAUGAACACAACAUCAACCAGCGUCUACAAGAGAUCAAGGAGAACUUUGACGUCAAGACUACUGACGACCAAAAAGUUCAUGUUGGCCUCAACAAGGAAGUUUUUCUCAAACCACAUGAAAUCCGUGCGGUGUUUGACAACCAAGUGGCCAUUAUCAAGUCUUUAGUGAGCGAGCAGCGCAAACUCCUCUCAAAGCUUGGCGAAACUCCCUAUAUGUUGUUCUUGUCUGGUGGACUUGGCUCGAAUCGAUACAUCCAAGCGGCGCUAAUCGCAGAAUACGGAAAAAUGACAAAGCACGUCUUGAACAGUGAGACACCUCAGCACGCCGUCGCCCAAGGAGCUGUUUUAGCUGGCGUUAAAUUGCUCACCAUGAAGUCGCGAAAAUCCAGACACCGUGUUGGAAUGUGUACUCGAGCGUCGCUAUUGAAAGGCAACCGUGGCAGGCAGACGAUAGAUCUCGACGAUCCAGUGCUUGGCCCGAUGAGGCACAGUAUCCGGUGGUUCCUCGAGAUACGUGACGAUCUCCCAACAGAGGGCGUCAGCCACCAUUUUGAUAUAAGCUUCUGGCGAGACAAUCCACUUUCUACGAGCCAGGAGAUCUUUUUUGUGACCAACAAGGACAAAAUACCUCCCAAGAAUAAAGAGGAGGCACAAGCUCGAGGGAGCAAGAUCUAUCGAGCUACAAUGGAUCUCACUAAAUAUGACGAACAUUGUAUAUACCAUGACUCAAACAAGACGAAGGGUGUGCUUGAGAUCCAGGCUCGCGUGCGUCACGACGGUGCACGUUUUCAUUUCGAAUUCCUGAUCAACAACGAGAUCAUCACUGUCAUCACCCAAAAGUAUCCCACGCUGGAUGAGAGAAUCCUGGAUAUCGAUGCAGUGCCUGCUUCCACGCCGACUGAGGCAAUCGCACGCUUGUUAGAUGCCGAUCGGGAAGAAGUGGUAUCCUCGCCCACAACGUCAGAUGUUGUCUCCGAGAGCGCUGAAGCGACAGCAAAGACUCAAUCAGCUGCCAGUGUUGCCGUUCAGCAACUACAACACAUGAAGCGCAAACGACAUGAAGGAGGCUCAGGGGACGCUAGUCACAUGACCAAACGUUCAAGGCUUGCGUCGAAAGAAUCGGGACAGGAACCAGAACAGAGGACGGACACUGGUGGCGGAGACAGUGACGAUGCUAGCACAGAGGUCGAACCGACUGCAGAUUCUCAGUCUUCAGCCGAGAAAACUUCUUCAGAAUCAUUCGCAGUCCGUCCUACCCGGCAGGCAAAUGUUGAAGGUAGAGCGGUCACAACACCGAUUAUUAGGUCCGGAGCUGGGAAUGAAGAAGCCUCACCACACAUUCGGAAUGCUAAUGCGCCUGGAACCCCGAUGUCGACAAUCCAGGACAACAGUACUAUCUCCUCUGCUCCUAGAUCAGCGUGGCCUCACUACCCGGCGCCUUCUGGAUGGCACCGCUACCUCCGAGAUCAAGAAUUCUCGUUCGCAGAUGAUCUCUUAUGGACAGCAGCUCAGGGUGCAGACCCAGAACUAGAAAUGAGCUCAGGGCCAGAAGAAUCGUACUUCAGCAGAUCAGCAUAUCGCCGAUAA